CACGUUGUGAAGUUGGGGCAUACCGUGAGCACCUUAAAUCAGUCCUUAGUGGGUUUUCAUGCCGUGGGUCGGUUCGCUGUUUAUGGUUCUCCCCGUCAGCCUGAAGCAAAAGUCCCACGUUCCUUACGACGCGUUUAUUACUGUUUAUUACAAAGGCAGCGCCCGUCUGGGAGCAGGGUCGUGACAGAGAAUGGCUUCGCGGGGGAAAUCAGAAACCAGCAAACUGAAGCAGAACAUGGAGGAACAGCUGGACAGACUGAUGCAGCAGCUGCAGGACCUGGAGGAAUGCAGAGAAGAUCUGGACGAGGAGGAGUACGAGGAGACAAAGAAAGAGACCUUGGAACAGCUGGAGGAGUUCAACGACUCCCUGAAGAAGAUAUUGACAGGAGACAUGACGCUGGUGGAUGAACUGGGUGGGAUGCAGCUGGCGAUCCAAGCUGCCAUCAGCCAGGCGUUCAAAACCCCCGAGGUGAUCCGGCUCUUUGCCAAGAAGCAGCCAGGACAGCUGAGGACCAGACUCGCCGAGAUGGACCGAGACGUGAUGGUGGGCAAGAUGUCUCGGGACGUGCACACGCAGCAGAAGAUGGAGAUCCUGACGGCCCUGAGGAAGCUGGGGGAAAAGCUCACUCCAGAGGACGAGACGUUCCUCGCUGAAAACGCCACGGCUACUCUGAGUCAGUUCGAAAAAGUCACCGCUAACCUCGGCUCAGAAGACAAAAUCAUGGCUUUAGCUAGUUCUGGGGUGAAAACCAAAGUAUAGACGGCGUACGAAAUGAUCAUUUUAAGUCAUUGUUGUUCUUAGUGAAAAAAGAGAUGUGCCAAUUUAUCAGGUUUUGUAUGAAAAUCGGUGCACGUUUUAGUGUUUCUAUAGAGGCUAACGUUUGUUUGUUUGUUUUUUCUAACUUUUGUAAAUGUCUUUUAUUUGUCCAAGUCUGUAAAGUUGUAAUAUAACAGGUACGAACGUGUGAUUUGCUAAAACCCGAACACCUGCAGAUGAAUGUAGAGGGUGAUUUGGGCCGUGUUGGGUUUGCUGUGUGCCGUCUUAAGGAGGCGAUUUAACCACGAAAUGUUCACGACGCAGCUUUUAAUUAAACCGCCUGAAGUUCUCUGGAUGAAACAGAAA